GUCUACCAACUGUUACCAAUACACAGGUCACGGGUUCAACUCUCGGGUUCGACACAGGUAGUGUACACAGGUAAGACACUGACAAUCCAAAUGUCUAUGUCAGGCGGAGAUGUUGUCUCCCCUCAAUUGUCGCCCUGUGUGCCAUCUCCACAGGGCGCACCCUGUGGUGGUCGGAGUGUCAAUCGAUCUCCAUGUGCUGCGCAGGGGUUGUUGGGUGGAUCGCCGCACAGUGCUGCUGUGGAGGUGCGGUUGGGGAAAAGGCGUCGUGCUGACAUUUCAUCUUCGACAGGCGGCAUCGGUGGACCGGGGAUGACACACCGUUCACCUUUCCCGGGUUUGUUGGGGGCAUCUCCACCUGGUGUGGCCGCCGUUCGUAAUGUUGCCUCGCAUGGAGGUGUGCAUGCUGCUCCGUUGUUGCCGUCCCUGCUCCCUCCUAGACGGCUGGACUACUCGGCCAUGAUUCCUCUCGCACCUCUUUGGGCACAUGUCGUACUAGAGGCGCUCCUGUUGUUGGAGAUCGCAGCGAUGCAGGCCCUGCGCAGGCAUCGCACUCAACAGUCGCCGGCUCGGCGGCCAGUCGAGUCUCGGUGCCGCUUCAGUCAGCCUCUGACGCUCAUGACCCGACAGCUCCGCAUGAUGGCGAAGAUCGAGGAGCGGCAGUUGGGGGCACGCCGUCUUCGGCCUCCAACAAGAUUGUGGGAGUCAGUGUCAGGGAUGGGUGUCGCAGGCAGUUGUAUGCACUGCGCGAUGCUAUGGCCGUUGUGGGUGACCACGGCGGACCAGUCGGCGACGUUGUGGACCGGCUACUUCACUAGUUGUUGUCUGCCAUACGAGCGGAGUCCGGUGUCGCCGUGGCUGCUGCGAUCUCCUCGACAUUGCCAUCCCGAGUGUGCGGACCUGAUUUUCAGUUGUGUUAUGUCCCGGGUGAUUCUGGUGCUGACUGUGUUGACGGGGGUGACGAGGGUUCAUGGAGCGAUGCGUUCGGGGGGUCGCAGGACGGAUCGCACAGCUCUUUCCCGCCCCUGCGUCGUGCAUCGCAGCGUAGUGAGAGAGGGCGUGGUUGACCCCGCAGUGCAGGAGCAGCUGUAUCAUGUGACGGUGACCACGGGACUGACCUACACACUCCUCGACACCUUUUGUGUUGCAUUGGGGUUGUGCUCGGUGCACAAACCCACGUCUUACAAGUUCAUGCGCACAGAGUCGGACGAGGCGGAGGGAUGGAAUGAUAAGGUCGUACGGCAAGGCCUCAGAUACUGCGAGCUUGCCAUUGAUACUGUGAUGCGUCGUGGCGAGCCUGUGACAUUGAUGGUCGACGGUCGCUACGACUCCGCCAGAGGGGCGCAGCAUUGCACAGUCACCGCCAUUGAGUACUAUACUCGGCUUGUUGUCGGUGUGCACACUCUCCGUCCCAAGACCGAAGGCAAGGCGUCGAAUGCGAUUGAGGUGCCAGCCGUCGUGCGACUACUGUGAGGGCUGAUGGAGCACGGUCUGAAGAUUGGGUGCGUCGUCUCGGAUGAUUGUGCCGCCCAG